AUGGCUAACAAUAGUCAGAACUCAGUGCUGAAUCCGGCCCUCCAGGAGCAACACCUCCAGUUCCAGCAACAACUCAUUCAACUCAAACAACAGCAACAACUGCAACAACAGCUCCUUCUGCAGCACUUCCAACAACAACAGCAACAGUUGGCCGAACAGCACGAGAAACAGCUCCAGGAAAGGAUCAGGGAAUAUUUAGAGCAACAGAAGAAGAUAGAGGAGGAACAGAGGGAACAGAAGGAAAGGGCGGAAAAGGAGAAGUUGGAGGCACUGAAGAAGAAGGAGAAACACGAACAAAGCGCCAUCGCUUCCUCCGAAGUGAAGCAACGGCUCCAGGAGUUUGUUUUGAGCAAAAAGCAGAGGGAGGCCGCGGCCGCCAACAGUGCCAACAACUCACCGCCCACUCCCGGCACCAGAAACUGGCAACCAGUUAUUGGAAAAUACGAGAACGACUUCCCGCUCCGUAAAACAGCGUCUGAGCCCAACCUAAAAGUGCGGUCUGUCUUAAAGGCAAAAGUGAUUCAACGCCGCAGUUCUCCGCUUCUCAGACGCAAAGAUAAGGCGUCCCCUCUCAAGAGGAGGUCUACCCUCACAAACGGUAUCUCAGGUAAUGGAAUACCCGAAUGUCUGUCAGAGUCACCGCCGAGCGGUUCCAAUCAUUCAAGUUUCCAAUCGAGUGCUGGAAGUACUCCUAUCCAAGAGGAACCGAGUCAUUCGCCAUUUAGUUCAUUAAAUCAGGGAAGCGUUUGUGAUCUAACCCUCUAUUCAUCACCUUCUCUACCAAAUAUAUCACUGGGAAGACCUCAUGUGCCCAACACUACUACUAGUGCUGCAGUUCACACGGAGGCAGGAAAGGCCAUCACAUCUGUGAGCGAGGCUCAGAUGCGGGCCCUAAGAUUCGCGAUGCCAUUGAACACCAUUCACGCCCACCAUUCGUCAUCUGCUUUGCCAUUUUACCCCUCAUUGCCAGUAAUCGAGGGUGAGUUCACACCGCCAACGAGUCCGGGUUAUAUACAGCAACAGAUGAAAGUCCUCGAACAGACCAGAGUCUCGCAAACUCUACCACACAGUCAGUCCAGUGCUGUUACAUCCAUCACGGGCCAGUCGUAUCCCUACCCUCCCGGAAGUGUCAUCACUGACUCACAGGUAGCUCAGGCGAGACUACAGAGGAGUCUGCAGCGACCGUUGGGUCGGACACAGAGCGCUCCCCUGCCGUUAGGGCACCCAAUGCUACAGCCGGGCGCACAGGGAAUCAUACUAUCGCCGCAACAAAGCGAACAAUACUUUCGCGAAAAACAACUCUACGAACAACAGCAGAGAAAUCUUGUCAAACAACACAUCCGACAGACAGUCCUAACGAGAGCCUCAUCUAAGGGUCAGGUCGUGGAGAACGUGGAGGAGGAGACCGAUGCGGCCGUCGCCCAAGAGAUGAAAGACACCCUCUCGGAGCUGCAGCACGACCUGCCAGUGGGACCGGACGGGGUCAUCGAUCUGACGGCUGCCAGCAAACGACUGGCCACUUGUGAUAAUGAGCUGAACCGACAGCACAGAGAACGCGAAGCAUUCCUUCAACAACAGCGCGAUCUCAUGUCACCGAGACUUUCGUAUCAGACCGAACCCACUACAGUCAGCCUAUUGGGACCGCACCCCCGACCCGGUCAUCACCCGCACCCCAACCGCCCGCUCUCCCGAACGCUGUCGAGUCCGUUGGUGACGCUCAGCCCUAACGGCUGUCCCGAACCGCUCACUGUAUCCACGCGUCAUGUGUUCACAACAGGACUAGUUUAUGACAGUCUUAUGCUUAAACAUCAGUGUAUUUGUGCCGAUAAUUUCCAUCACCCGGAACAUGGGGGUCGACUACAAAGCAUAUGGGCUCGCCUUCAGGAGACCGGUCUGGCCGCCAGGUGUGAGAGAGUCCGCUCACGAAAAGCCACGUUAGACGAGAUCCAGUUGUGUCACAGUGAAGCCUAUUCUCUACUGUUCGGAACCAAUCCACUGAACCGACAGAAACUGGACGCAAGUAAACUGGCUGAUCUUCCGAUAAAGAGUUUUGUGAUGUUGCCGUGCGGUGGGAUUGGUGUCGAUUCGGACACCACGUGGAAUGAGUUGCAUACGUCCGGUGCCGCCAGAAUGGCCGCCGGCUGUGUCAUCGACCUGACCCUCAAAGUGGCCACAGGAGAGUGUAAGAAUGGGUUCGCAGUGGUGCGGCCGCCCGGCAGUCACGCCGAACACCAACAGGCGAUGGGAUUCUGUUUCUUCAACUCAAUCGCUAUAGCCGUCAAACAGUUGCAGCUGAAGCUCAAGAUGGAGAAGGUGUUGAUCGUGGACUGGGACGUACAUCACGGCAAUGGUCUCCAGCAGAUGUUCUACAACGACCCCCACGUCCUCUAUAUCUCGCUUCACCGUCACGACGACGGAAACUUCUUCCCCGGAACGGGUGAUCUCCAGGAAGUAGGUAUGGGAGAGGGGGUCGGCUUCAACGUCAACAUCGGGUGGUGCGGUUCGCUGAGCCCACCCAUGGGCGACGCCGAGUAUUUGGCAGCGUUUAGGGCUAUCGUAAUGCCGAUCGCCCGGGAAUUCAAUCCCGAUAUUGUAGUCGUAGCGUCCGGUUUCGACUCAGCCAAAGGACAUCCGCCUCCUUUGGGUGGCUAUCAAGUGUCGGCCAAUUGUUUCGGUUAUCUCACUCAACAACUGAUGACUUUGGCGAAUGGGAGAGUGGUUAUGUCUCUGGAGGGAGGAUAUGAUUUGCCAUCGAUUUGCGAUUGUUCUCAGGAGUGUGUGUCCGCUCUAUUGGGCGAUGAGGUGUCGGCUCUCAAAGAUGAAGAGAUGACACGAAAGCCCUGUCAGAAUGCCGUCGAACUACUGAAUCGUGUCGUUUCCAUUCAAUCUGCCCACUGGCCAGUAGUGAGACGUUGGGCUCAUCUCAUUGACUGUAACUUCAUUGAUGCUCAACGAAAGGAGAAGGAAGAGUGCGAAACAGUCAACGCUUUGGCCUCUUUGACAGUCAGACAGUCUCUCAAUAGUCCUCCAGAAACGAGUGGUCAUACGGAUGAACCCAUGGAUGAGGACAACGACAAGUGAGUGAACACAUGAAGAAGGGAUACAACGGAAUUGAAGACUAUAUCCGACUCCACGAUAAUUUAGUCGACAAUUCUGUGUUAUAUUCUGUUAUAUCGCAUGACUUCCGGAAAGCAAAAGCAUUUUAAUUUUUGGUUAUUUAAUGUUUCUGUUUGUCAACACUUGUUGUGCUUUUGAUAAAAUCUGUUCUCCAAAUGUCUAUCCCGUCGUCGAUCAGUGUUUGACAUCAAUUGACAAAAGACUGCAUGAAUUCAUCACUAAAUAGAAAGAAAUGAAUGGAAAGCAAGUGAUGAGCGAACAGUUAAGACACUAAAUCUUUGGACAAUUGUUGGCUGCGAUUACUUCACAGAUAGUCUCCAGAAGUAUAAAUACUUUGGUUUGGAUUUUUGAUUUCAUUUUAGACGUUUACGACAAAUUGAAUUUUUUGAAUACAAAAGUCUUUUUGAUAUAUAAUUGUUUUGGAAAAUUGAAUAAUUAUUUAGACGUUUAGUCGACUCUCAAUGAGACCGCAUACCUGUGCCAUAGCUUAUCGAAGUUAUCAACAAAUCGAUUCAUUGGUAAUGAUUUACCAAAAUCCAGACAUUUUAAUAACGAUAUAUUUUUUGCUGACUUUAUCAUCUGAAAAACGAAACAAAACUUUUAUUAAGUCUUUUAAAUUCAUACGAAC